AUGGCCACCGUACCACCUCCUCCAAGCAAGCGUCAGAAAACUGCGGCCGCAGCGCGAGCCAAGGAACAACAAGACAUCACAGAACACGUCCCUGAAGGAUCGGUGCGAAUACGGUUUGUCGAUCAAGCAACAGGCCAAACAGGUUCUCUUCCAGUCAUCUCCGUCCCUCUUGCGCGCGCCUCUACAAAGAAUCUCGAGACCCUACUGAACGGGCUACAAGAGCACGGCGAUGAGCAAAUACCCUACCGGUUCUUUUAUUCUACGGCCAACGGCGGGGUCGCAUUAGGGGAUAGGGAUGAUGUAUAUCGGACUUUGAUAGCGUCUGGCAAGGCCACGACAGAAACAGAGAUUUCUUUACAGUACACGCCACAAGCUGUAUUCAGAGUCAGAGCAGUAUCACGUUGUUCCGCUGCGGUGUCUGGACAUGGGGAGGCAAUAUUAGCCAUUCAAUUCUCCCCAACGUCGUCCUCCCGCGUCGCCAGUGGAGCGGGAGACGGUUCUGCAAGAAUAUGGGAUUGCGAUACUGGUACAAUCGUAUACACCUUAAAGGGUCACAAGGGAUGGGUGCUUGCUGUGAGUUGGUCCCCAGACGGCAGUAUCCUAGCUACAGGAGGCUCCGACAGCAUGGUCAGACUUUGGGACCCUGCAACGGGGAAAGAGCUCGGAGGACCGAUGAAAGCGCACAAGAAGCCAAUCACGAAUCUCUCCUGGGAGCCAUAUCACAAGCAAGAGUCGGGACGACCUCGGUUUGCUUCAUCGUCACAGGAUUCUACUGUCGUGAUUUGGGACGCUGUGAGAAGAAAGAUUGACUUCUCCCUGACGGGUCACAAGGAUUCCGUAAAGUGCGUCAAAUGGGGAGGUACUGGAUCAAUAUAUACUGCCUCACACGACAAGACAGUAAAAGUUUGGGAUGCGACAAAUGGCCAACUUCAGUUCACCUUGAACUCACAUGCACAUUGGGUCAACCACCUUGCGCUUUCGACCGACUUUGCUAUCCGCACUGCAUAUCACGACCACACGAGGAAAACUCCAGCGACCGAGGAGGAGAAAGUAGCCAAAGCAAAGGAACGCUUUGAAAAGGCCGCAAGGGUUGGUGGGCAAAUCACCGAGCGACUAGUCACGGCAAGCGACGAUUGCACAGUCUUUCUUUGGAGUCCUUCAGUAUCACAAAAACCUGUUGCGCGACUUACGGGGCAUCAGAAGCAAGUCAACCAUGUCACGUUCUCUCCAGAUGGCGCCUACAUAGCGUCCGCUGGAUUCGAUAAUCAUGUCAAGUUAUGGUCCGGCCGGGAUGGCAGUUUCAUUUCAUCUCUCCGGGGUCACGUUGCUUCGGUCUAUCAAUGCUGUUUCUCUGCAGACAGUCGUCUCCUCGUCAGCUCAAGCAAAGACACGACACUGAAAGCUUGGGAUGUACGGACGGGCAAGAUCAAGGAGGAUCUCCCAGGCCACAAGGACGAAGUCUAUGCCGUCGACUGGAGCCCAGACGGUGAAAAGGUUGCGAGUGGAGGUGCUGAUAAGCAAGUCAGGAUAUGGCGGCAUUGA